UCACCGCUGUUUACUCGCUUUGCUUAGUAUAUACCAAAUUUCACAGGAACAAUAUAUAUAGGAUUUGAGGUUCCAGAGCACUGCUUAUGAAAACUUCCACUUUUAAGAUUCUAGCUUGGCUUAUCCUUUGACUGUGAAAGAUUGUGUUCUGUUCCUCUGAAAUGCUGGUUGACUUUCAAGAGACUACACAGUAUUAUAUCCUAUAAGAUAGAACCUUCAGGAACAACAUACAGUAAUACUUAUCUUUGAUACUGAAAGUUGGCAGAGAAUAUUCAUAGAAUGCUGAGAAAAGUUUUGCGUCCAGAAAGACUGUAGUUGGCUGGUUGGGCAUUUAUGUGAAUCUUGACUAUAAACAGGGCAUGAGGUGGGGCGGGAUGUGGCGGGAUGGUAUACCGGUUCUUUUCUAAAUGGCUUAAAAGCAUCCCGUUACUUCUUUGGCAGUAAAUGCCUGUGAAUUAAAAGGGGAAAACCAUCCCGGUUCUAUUUUCAUUCCACCCCAAGCACUGCGUUCUUGGCACAGAUGUCUCCCCUCUCAUCUCAGAACGGAAACACAUGCAGGUUCCGAAAUGUUGUUUUUUGUCUAGUUUUUGGAAUACCGGACGACGAACAAAGUCGAAAAAUGCAGUAAUUUUUAAUGUUGAUGACGCACACUCAGAGAUGUUUUAGACAGGCUCUAAUUAAUCCGUGAUAAAUAAAUUCUAGGCGCUUGCCAGUAGUUCAUUGAGAAAAAAUGUCAAGGAUGUCAAAGUUCUUUACAUAUGCUUCAAUUUGUAUUAUACAGUUGAUACAACUGUGCAGGCAUAAUUUUGUCAAGUUAUUCUUAUGACGCUUACGACUACGGAUCAGUGUUUAGUUUUAGACAACAUAGUUAAACGAUUUUCCUCCAGACGCACAAUUUUAACGGCGCAGAUCCUCGCCAUUCGGCAAAAGAAAAUGUUCACUUUUAUGCGUUAUUCCAAUUGUGGAAGAUAGGCCUGCCACCAAAGAAGCACCUUGGUAGCGUUGGUAGCAGUGGUUAAUCAUGGACAGUGGCGGUUUGAUGUGAAUUAUAGUUUUUAAGGAGUUUUGUGUUAAGUUUAUUAACUUUUCACUUACUUGAAAUUGACAGCAGAAAUGAAUAAGCAAACGGAAUCUAUACUCUCUUCAUUUAGAGGAGCCUCGGAAAUUAAAAAGCUAGAAGACACUCAGCGAGCUCUGAUUUCUAAAAGUAUGAACAAAUAUGCAGACAGGCAAAGCUUUUCAAGACAGAAGAGCAUUACAAGUGUCUCAUCUUCCCUUGGAACCAGCUAUGGGUCAGCCACUGAGACUUCUGUGGCAGAUGUGGGCAAGAGAAAGCCGUGUGGCUAUCUUACUUUGCUUGACAUCAGCAUGUUGGGUGGAUUUUCCAUUCCAGAAUCAAGUAUAUUGCCUGAUACGGAAUUUGUCCCGAAUUCUUUUCAUCAACAGUCUCAUCUUUCACGAUGGCGAUCAUUUGUGAAUGAAACUCCGAAGUGGAUAAUGAAGAUGGGAAUAGAAGGUUUGAAUAAACAAAGAAACAGCAGAAAUAAAAGGGCACAAAUACUAAACAAGAAGGAACACUUAAAAAAUAAAGAGAAGAGCGAUCAUUGGUUCCAGAAAACAAUAUGUGAUGAAGGAAACAAGGUGCAUAAUAAUGAAAAUAAGCAAGAAUGUACAACUGAGAACAGUGAAGUGGAAAAGGGGUUUCAAAAUGAAAGGAAUGAAAUAAUUCGAGAAGGGGAUGAAGUUAAUGUAUACACAAAGGAAUGGAGAGACUGGUCUCUUCAACUGACUGGAAAUGGCAGCCUUGUGAUAACAGGGAAGGUGGACAACAAUGUGAUAAGCAGAUCAGCAGAUGUUUCACUUUGUAAACGGCUUGAUGCACACACUCUGAAACUCAGUGGUGGUUCAAUAUACAAGUUGGUUGGAAUGCCAGAUCAUUUUACAAAUUUGCCAUGUUAUGUACGAAACAAAUUUCAAUGUGGAUUUCCCGAUGACUGGAAAGAAGUGAAAUUAAUGUGGAAGAAAUACAUAAUGCAGGGGAGCCCAUGUCACUUCAGUUGGACAUGUGAAAGUACUUCAGAAUGCAGAGAGAAUUCAACAAUGCAAAAGAACAAAAUUUCUACAGAGACUUCAUCGCCUGUUGAAGAAAGAGGGGGUGCUGAAGUACCUUCACAAGCAUUAAAUUCUAUGGUGCAAUCAUUUUCUGCCAACCAGUCACAAUCAAUAGCUGUGAAAAGUGUAGGAAAGUCACAUUUAAAAUCUACAGUACACCAACAACAUGGUAAACAGUGUGAUUGUAAAGAAGUGGAAGUACGUGUAAAGCAACUAAAUUCCACCAUGAUACAAGAAGGUGACAAGCAGCUGGAUGUUGAUGGAACAGAAAUGUGUGUCAUACAGCCAAGUUCUACUACAGUACAAGAAAGUCUGAAGCAAUCAAAUUUUAGAGAAAUGAAAGUAUGUUUAACACGAAUUUCUACUGCUGUACAAAAAUAUGGCAGGCAGUCAGGUGUUAAAGCAACAAAAGUACGUUUAAAACAGCCGACUUUCAACAUAGUAGAAGAAUGUGACAAGCAGUCAAAUGACAUAGAAGUGACACUUGUAGAUCCACCAAAUUCUGUUCCAGUCACUAAAAAAGUAUUGUCUCAAUCACUGACAAAUUGUGGUACUUCUGAUGGACACUCAUGCACUCCUGUUAACACAGUUUUGAAUGCUGCUGAGACUAGUGCCUUGUUGAACCUGCAUGUUCUUCAUAGAUGGGCUCCUGUUCUGAUAAAACCAGGCAAAUUAAAAUUAACAGGAUAUUUACAAAGCACUUGUUCCUCAGAGGCGUUCCAUACAACUGGUAUAGUUGUACGACGUAAAGAUUUUGACUGUUUUGUGUGUCAUGAUGGGACUGCCUACAAGUUACAGGGCCCAUUUGAAGAUCACAAACACAACAUACCAAGCCCAAUACAGAAGCUGCUACAUGAAGGACUGCCUUAUAAGUGGAAGAUGAUGAUAAGAAAGUGGGCCAGGUUACUGAAUGUAGUAAAUGGACAAGAGAAAGAAGCCAAACAGAAGAAAGAAACAACUUCUGUAACAAGCCAAGCUGAUCGUAUUGAGAGUACUAAACACAUAGCUGGUUAUGAUGAGUCUUUUGUUGCAGAGACUGUCACUGCUAAUGAUGUCUCUGCAUCAGAUGAAAACAGCAGUCUUAAUGAAGGAGCUGUGGAGAAGCAGACAUACAGGGCAGGGUCUCUGAUUCCACUGAAAAAAUUGGAUGGCCGAGGGAUCAUACAAACUAGUUCGAGGGGACGGCUUGUUGUUCCACCAGUGAGGUACUGGUUGGGUGAGAGGCUUGUGCAGCAAAAUGACCAGCCCACAUUCUUUUCUCCAAGAGCUGGAGUCACCAAAGUUAUUGUGAACCAGAGUUUUGCCAGUAGUGGAUCCCAGAAGAAGCGGAAACAUUCAACACCUGAAGCAGCAACACUGCCCCUCUCCAAGAGGAGACAUGCCAGACAUAUUACUACACAUGUAAAGAAAAGCAAGCUGGGGACACCCAAAGAAGAAGGGGCAGUUAUGUCACACAGCCCACAGUCUGACCAGAAGCAAAAAGCUAUCAUGAAAGCAUGGCAGACAAGGAGAGCAAUUGAAGGAAAGUACAAUGCAAGGCAGAAAAGACUCAUGCUGAAUGGGAAAGAGAAGUACAUGCAAAUCUGUGAGAGUGGUGAAACCUUGUCAGAUGGUACAUUUACUGAAGCCAAAGAGGACAGAGUUUUAAGCAAAAUGGAACACAAGUCUAAAAGACCUGCUUAUAAAUCUGCAUCUGCCAGCUGGUGUACGAAGACUGGUGCAAGAAAAACCAAAAAUUAUUCAUUACGAAGUCAAAAGAAUGGAGGGCUGAAUAAUGCGAAGGAAUUUAGAGGAGAAACGCUGAAAAAGAAAAGAAAUUUCAGCCCCCCCUCCCACAUUUAUGAUAGUGAGGAAGAUCUACUGGAUGGAUAUGGUGAUGAUGUACUGGCGGACCUGGUAAGUUAUAAUGAAAUAUCAUGGGCUAUUUGCAUUAAAAUGAUUUCUGUAAAUGUUGUCACGUGAAGUGCCAAGGCUGUGCUCAAUACAGUCAGUGGUUUCCAUCAGUGUGUUGUUGACAGUUCCAUGAUCAAUUCAGCAGUUUCUGAACAUUACAAGUAUGUGACCAUGACCCUCUCAGUGGAGAAAAAAAUUAAUUCUGUCCUCCACUGCAAAUAACAACAAUUAUUAAAUAAGUCUCUUUAAAGCACAUCCUACAUUAAUAUACAUUUUAUUAAUUCCAAACCAAAAUCCCAUGAAUAAAUUCUUCUAGUUUUAAGUACUUCAUUGUUGAACAGUUCAUUAUUAAGUAAGAAAUUCUGAGAUUCAUUGUGGCAUUUCUGGCAUUUAAAUGUCUUUACAGAAUAAAUUAACAAGAAGUUGUGGGAAGAGCUAAUUGCUUACUCUCCUUUCACUGUAAUUUGAAUACCUGAUA